CGUCUGGCUCCGCCCCCUGGGAGUGUAUAGGCUGAGCAAGCGAGCAGUGGGCACAGAGACUGCCCGAGAGAGGGGGUGAGGAGGCCAUAAUUUGGUGGUUUUAUUUGUGCGUUUAGCGGCUGCUACGCUAAACGGCACCAACAGACAGCCAGCGCGGAUUGACUUUGGUCGGCGAGAAAAAAAAAAAAACCUACAGCAACAAACAGCCCAACCGGAGAAGCGAUCCAGUCACUGAGUAAAACAAAGGAACAGGGCAGAGCGGGCCGGACCUGCUUGGAUUGUUUGUUAUUUUUAUUACCGUCAUCCUCUUUCCGUUGCGGGUUGAGCUCUGAACCAGCCUUCCAGAAAUGGCUCAGGAGACAAACCAGACCCCAGGACCAAUGCUGUGCAACACAGGAUGUGGCUUUUAUGGGAACCCCAGAACAAACGGGAUGUGUUCAGUCUGUUAUAAAGAGCACCUUCAAAGGCAGAACAGUGGCAGGAUCAGCCCCAUGGGAGCAGCCAGUGGGUCAAAUAGUCCCACUACAGAAUCUGCAGCUAUACAGAGAGUAGAAACUGCACUGAACAACUGUGAAGGUGCCGCUGGUAGCCCAACUGAUAAAUCAAGAAAUGUGCCUGUGGCGUCCUUACCUGUAACGCAGCAAAUGACAGAAAUGAGCAUUUCGAGGGAAGAAAAUCUGUCAUCUCCAAAAACAGAGACCUCAGAGCCAGUGGUGACCCAGCCAAGUCCAUCAGUUUCUCAACCUAGCACAUCUCAGAAUGAGGAAAAGAGCCCAGAGCUUCCAAAACCAAAGAAGAAUAGAUGUUUUAUGUGCAGGAAGAAGAUUGGCCUUACAGGGUUUGAUUGUCGUUGUGGGAAUCUGUUUUGUGGACUUCAUCGUUACUCUGACAAGCACAACUGUCCUUAUGAUUACAAAGCAGAAGCAGCAGCAAAAAUACGAAAAGAGAACCCAGUUGUUGUGGCAGAAAAAAUUCAGAGAAUAUAAACCGUGCACAACUUGUGAAGACUGACUUUUUUUUUUUUUCUUCUUCUUAAUAUCUUAGGGAAACAUUUAAAGAAGCAUGUCCAUUUUCCUUCCGAUGUUCAGCAUUUCUUUUGUGAUGUCUACAACUUUGUUUGUUAUUUUAAUUAUAUAUAGAGUGUUUUAGAAUGUUUGGGUGUUUGAAAACUGGCAAAACUGCAUUGAUACAGUCCUUUUCCAAACAGUGUACCUAAGCCCAGAGAACAUGAACUAGUUUUGAUAUUGGCCUAAGCCUCCUUACCCUUCAACGCGUAUCUGUUUAUGAAAUGCAAACUAUGAAAUGUGCCAAAAUAGGCUCCAGAACUGCAUGAUGGCAACAGAUAUUCUUAUAGCACAGCCACAUACCACAAAUCUGUAAAUUGACUUGGUGGGGCACUGGGGAAGGGCUUGUAUUAUCUCUUAAUAGGCAAGCAUUUUAUGUUCUCUAUUCUUCCUUGGUUGCUAUAGCCUGGAUCCUCCCUUUUUUUUUUGUAGUUAACACGUCAUUGUGGCAGAAAAAAGAAACCGCUUUUGGGAGUAUGCAGUGGAUUUUUUUUAAUCUUCAUUUGCAGCGUGUUAAAGGGGUUUUUAACCGAAUGAUUUGCAUUAUUUAUCUACCCUAUAAAACACAAGAUAUUGCAGUCAUCCACAAUAUUGUGCAGGCAGUUAUCAUCCAGUACACACAACAGCAGAAGCUCAACUCUAACAUAAGCAUUCUGAUUUUAAUCAUGAACACACACUUGAUCAGAAUUGAGUCUUUUGUUUGCUUCUGAAAUCCAUUUUUCUAAUUCACCAUGGAUAGCGGCAGAUAUCUCUUAAUAUUUGCAGAACUGUUACCAAACACAAAUGGAUUUAUUUUCUUCUUGCUGCCCCUUCCAUCACAUUGUUUUGACUGUAAUACAGAGCAAUUUCAUGCGUCCAGGUAAAAAUCCUCACUUUACACUAGCUUUGAGUCCCUUGUAAUGCAAUUGGGGGGGAAAUGUGGGGUUAUAUUCUUUCUAUUCUUAAGGAUGACUCAACCCUGAUGUGCCUUUUUCCCCACUACUACAAUCUAAACUUGCCGAUGCCUCACAAUUUGUCAGGGAAUUGUGGGAGUCGUGCAUCUUUAGCUCACAAAUCCAACUGCAUAUAAUUUCCAUAGGGGCAAGAUCUUCAGCAUGUGUAUUUUUACUUUGUAAGGUAAUCUAGGCUUUUUAUAGUUUAACGGAGGUUUUUAACAAUGUGAUUCACUUGCACAGAUUUGCAUGUAAAACCAGCUGCUGUAGAUCCUCUUUUUGUUCUGUUUUUUUUUUUUUCUUCCAGGAGUGGUACCAAAAUGUGUUGAGGGCUGCUCAACUCCCUGUAUUAAUUGUACUUGGGUAUAGGACUGUAAUUUCAUGGUUUAUUGCAUGGGCUGCAUUAUCUACAGCUUUGUACAACAACCCUAGAAAAGGCAGUAUACUUCACUGAUGCUUGUCAGGUAAUAUCACUUCUGUGUUAUAAUGGAAGGUUUUCUUGUAUGAAAGGUUUUUUUUCUUCUUUAUUUUAGGUAAUAGAACAGUUUUUAGAUUAGUAUUGUGAUGAUGCCUACUCUCAUCUGUAAAUAGUUGUUUGUUCACUCAGCCUCACUUUACUGGGUUUUACUUUUUUUGUGUGUGUGUUUUCUGUCCCUAGUUUACUUGGUUUUCCAAGCAUCAGGAUUUUGCUUUCAACCUUGUAUUUUUCGUUCUGAGUUCUUAGAUAUGCAAAUGUGUACAGAUAGUUCAUAUUUAUGUAUUGCACAUAAUCAUGCUACUCGGCAUUUAUGCUAUAUUGUAUUAUGUAAAUAAUAAAAAUUAUGUACAGAGGGUA